GUGGUUUCUCCUUUUAGAAUACUCUUUUUUUUUACUUUAGUUUUAGGGUUAGUAUUAUGUAUUUCUUCGGAUACUUGAUUUGGGGCUUGAGUGGGGUUAGAGUUAAAUUUAUUAUCUUUUAUUCCUUUAAUUUCUUCUAGAAGUAACCGUUAUAGUUCAGAGAGUAUUUUAAAAUAUUUUUUAGUGCAAGUUUUGGCUUCAAUUAUAAUUAUUUUUUCAGCUUUAUUUAUUUUGAUGAUGGUAAAUUUAAAGAUAGUAUUUUCUUUGUCAUUAUUAUUAAAAUUAGGCGCAGCUCCUUUUCAUUUUUGAUUUCCUCAGGUUAUAGAAGGAUUAAGUUGAAUUCAAGCAAUUAUUUUAAUAACUUUACAAAAAAUGGGGCCUAUAAUUUUAUUAUCUUAUUUGGUUUAUGAUAAGUGAAGUUUAAUUAUAAUUUUUACUUCUGCUGUAGUAUCUGCUAUUGUUGGGGCUGUGAGGGGCUUAAAUCAAUUAUAUUUACGAAAGAUUAUAGCAUUUUCUUCUAUUAAUCAUAUAUCUUGAAUAUUUUUUGCUAUAAUUUUAAGGGAGUAUUGUUGAUUAUUAUACUUUAGGGUGUAUUGUUUACUUUCAAUUUUGGUUAUUAUAAAUUUUUAUUUUCAGCAGGCUUAUCAUUUUUCUCAUUUAGUUAAUAGUAGAUUUCCUUUAAUACCUAAGGUUGUGUCUAUAAUGAGUUUAUUUUCUUUAGGAGGUUUACCUCCUUUUUUAGGGUUUAUUCCUAAGUGAUUUAUUAUUCAGGAAAUAAUUUUUAGUAAUUAUUUAUAUCCUUUAUUAGUACUUUUAAUAUGUAGGUUGGUAACUCUUUAUUUUUAUAUUCGUAUAAGGAUUUCUUUUUUGACUUUAGUAUUUCCUUUUAGGGGUUGAGUUACAAAGGAUUAUGAAGGAAAUAAAAUUAUGAAUAUGGUAAUAAUUACAAAUUUUAUUGGGAUAUUAGUUCCUUCAAUUUAUAUAAUAUAUUAA